AUACAUCAGCUGUUCACUGUAAACAACAAACGAAUUGCAGUUGGCGCUUUUUCUAACAUUUUUCUUUAGUGAAAAUGAGUUUAGAUAGAACAAACUGAGGAGGAUAUAUGUACCCUUUCUCGCUAAAGUAAAAGUAGAAGAGUUUAGAUGGCUGAAAAGCCGUAGAAUGUUGACAGUGGGAGCAACAGGGCUUGCCGAAAGAAAUGAAAACAUGUGAGUAAAUAACAAAUCUGUUUAACAAUCAUGUUUAUUUUCAUUUCAGCUCCAUAUCUUUCAACCGGUAGAAAUCAGCAACAAAUUGAAAGAUUUGCAUCAAAAGCUUAGUUUUUAAUGACUUCGGUAAAGAUGAUGUCGAAGACAUGUGACGUUGGUGAACACUUGCGGUGAGUUCAAAAGAUAUUAAUAUUGUUUUUUUGUGAUAUAAACCUAAAUAAUUGAAGCUAAAUGAUGCACGUGAAACGAAACAGUACAAUCAUGUUUUAUUCAAUACUUUACACGUUCAGCCUGGCGCUUAUUUUCUGUAACUUUGCGUUCUGCGGCAUCAUCAACGCAAGCAAUUGAAUUUAUUUAUUUAGUUGAUCCAAAUAUGCAUUUAGCAAACUGCAGCAAACGUGAUUUUUUACUAUAAUUUCAACUAUUCUCUGUUCAUCUGUACUGUUGUAUGUGCGAGGAGAUUUUUGUCAACCGCGGUCAUUUUUAGACUAUUCUUAUGGGUAAAGUACAGUUGUUUCUCUCAGUAAAAGAUUAACGGAGGUCCCCAGGGAGAUAUCACUGGUGAUCCCUAGAGACCGUCCUAGGCAUGGACAGUGUAGGAACGAGGUCCCGUAUAGUAGAACGAUUUGACAAGUAGCCAAAAGUUCGUUACAGGCAGUUUGACAUCUAAGAGCCCUUUUCGAUUAAAAUUUUAUUUCUAAUCAAAAUGAUAAAUCGGUCUCUGGUCGGAUCAUUGCAAGAAAAAUGUUGAUUGGUUCAUACAUUUUACAGGAAGAGAAAAAGAAAAAUGUUAAUUGGUUCAUACAUUUUACAGGAAGAGUAUGUAUAUCUGUAACAGUAAAUGUUUGAGGGAAUGAUGCAUUUUCAAGGGCUUUCUGCUGUCAAAUGGCAUCCAAGAUGGCCAAUCCGAUUUUGGCUAAUAUUUGACCUCGUUCCUACACAGGCCUUGGUCCUAGGACUGAACGUGUUAAAAUAAAACUGAUCGUUUGGGAAAUGAGAUGACAAUGAUCAUUGUAUCACUGUGUGGGUUGCACGUGUCACAGUUUUCUUUUGAUGAAGUCUGGCGCUAGUUCUAGAAAUACAUAAAUCAUCUCAACCAUAAAAGAACGGUAUAAUACAUGACUUGACAUAGCCACUCUAGGAUCGUUAAAACAAAGCGAGAAAGAGAGAGUUUACUCUCCAAACCUCAAAUACGCCAUGAAAAACAAAACAAAGUACAGCGUUUGUUGGUGUAUUGGUUCAUCAUUGGUAUUUGCGUUCAUCACCGUGUAUGGAAGUAUGGUGUAUGAUAUGUUACAAAGAAGACAAAACAAUCAUCAUCAUAAAAACCUUUUUAUACGCCUAAUCUAUAAGGUAUCGCUAUGCGUAGAGAAUCAUGUUUUUUGCUUGGGUUAUUCGGGUAAGCAGCUGCCUUACCCUUUGCCGCGUUAUCUGCUAGGCAUCGGAAAGAGGCUAGACCGCAGCUUACAAAGUAGUGCGAUGGAGGUCGAUUCGGUUCAGAAUUGUCAAACGAACGUAUUCAGGCCGGGCCGGGACGAGUACGAGAGAAAGCACAGCUCAGCAUCCCGCGUGAUCUAACAGGGCGCGUUAUCAGUUAAUCACCCAGUGUCAAUUUUAAGCCACCCGGACUUACUAAUUAUGGGUGCCACUUCCGAGACAACCUGCUGACGGAGAACGCUUCUUGUUUUAAGAAGACGAGUAAACGCUCGAGUUUUGCAGUUUCUCUGCACCUUCCAACCGUUUGGAUCAGUCUCGUGGUGGUAAUGUGGAGCAAAAGUUAAUAUUGGUGUACUGUUAGUUCCUUCCGGUGCAGAGGUGGUGUGAAAAUGUUUAAUUUUAGCUCCGCUGGAACGUCUGGCGAGAAGGAACCGCUGUUGAGUGGCAAACUGUUGUGUCCGGUCGUGGAUUUGGAGGGGACGUCUUCGAAUGUUGGGUUAAGGGAGGUUCCAUUGCCCCAGGAGGAGUAUGAAGCACCGUAUCGUCAUCGCUGUUUGGAAUGGCUGUCCCAAGUCUUUAUCAUCCCACAGCGGGUGAUAUUAGCGAUCAUGGGCUUCCUGGCGAUCAUGAAUGCAUACACGAUGCGUAUCUCGCUGUCGAUCGCCAUCACGGAGAUGGUCAACAAAACGCACGGAGCGACCGAAGAGGACGGCGGCGUCUGUCCGAUCGACGAAAGUGCCAACCCGGAUGACUUCACCGGGGGCGAGUUCGAUUGGGACGAGGAGCUGCAGGGCAUCAUCUUAUCCUCGUUCUACUGGGGCUACGUCAUCACGCACAUCCCCGGCGGUAUGCUGGCGGAAAAGUUUGGCGGCAAGUGGACACUUAGUUUGGGUAUCCUCUCAACGGCCUUCUUCACACUGAUCACCCCGUGGGCGGUGGAGCUCGGUGGAUCUACGGCGCUGAUCGUGAUUCGUGUGAUGAUGGGACUGGGAGAGGGUACGACCUUCCCUGCGUUGAGCGCACUGAUGGCCACCUGGAUCCCGGCGAAAGAGCGUAGUAAGCUUGGUUCGCUUGUGUUUGGCGGUGGACAAGUGGGAACGAUUCUAGGCAACCUGCUAUCCGGCGUGUUGCUGCACAACAUUGAAGGCUGGUCGUCGGUGUUUUACUUCUUCGGUGGGCUGGGCGUCUUAUGGUUCGUGAUCUUUACAUUGCUGUGCUACAGUGAUCCAGAGUCUCAUCCGUUCAUCAGUGAAAAGGAAAAGGCUUACCUGAAGCAGGAACUGGGAACGUUGGAGCGUGAUCGUACACUGCCACCAACGCCAUGGCGCUAUAUCCUCACCAGUGUCCCUAUGAUGGCGCUGGUUUGCGCACAGAUCGGACAUGAUUGGGGUUUCUUCAUCAUGGUUACCGAUCUGCCCAAGUACAUGAGUGACGUGCUGCGGUUCUCCAUCAAGGAUAAUGGACUGUACUCCUCCCUACCCUAUCUGGUCAUGUGGAUCGUCUCGCUGUCCACUGGCGUUUUGAGCGAUUGGCUCAUUACCUCUGGACGUAUGACUAUCACCUUCGGACGCAAGCUAUUCACCACCAUUGCCUCAAUCGGUCCGGCCUGUUUCAUUGUCGGUGCGUCGUACGCCGGGUGUGAAAAGGCAGUCGUCGUCAUGCUGUUCACCUUCGCCAUGGGUCUUAUGGGUACGUUCUACCCCGGCAUGAAGGUCAAUCCGCUCGAUUUGAGUCCAAACUACGCUGGCACGCUGAUGGCCAUCACGAACGGUAUCGGCGCCAUUACCGGCAUCAUCGCACCGUACGUUGUCGGCGUAAUGACACCCAAUCACACACUGGAAGAAUGGCGCAUUGUGUUCUGGAUCUCGUUUGCCAUCUUCAACGUUACCAAUCUGGCAUACAUCAUCUGGGCGUCGGGUGAAGUGCAGCCCUGGAACACGCCCCAUCUGAUGAACAAAUCGGUCGAGGCGGGUGAAUCGAUUGACGUUCCGGCAAAUGCAAAGAAAAGCGUACAAUCUCUAGAGGCCAUAAAGCAGUAGAAGAGGAGCUAGCCCUGAGGCUCUCAGUGAUAGGCUAAUGAUCCCUUGCAGUUCACAGGACCUAUCAACCUGGAGUCUGCGUGAGUGAUAGUAGAGAAGUAGAGGAAAUUACUUUCAAAUAGUAAAAGCUUUUGAAAAGGAAGCAAUCGAAAGUUGAGAAAACCACACGCUGUAAGUCAACAAAAUAUGGCUUAUUUUAAAAAUUCCUUCUUUUAUAUAUGAGUACAAUGCCAUUGUGCUAAUGUACGGAUUGAUAGUUAAUCCGACCAUAGGCCACGCCACUGCUCUGCUGAAACGUGUAGGUUUAACAAAACCUCCCCCCCCCCUCGAUGCUCAGUGCGAUAAUAUAUUGUUGUGUUGAAUUUAUUUAUACCACUUAUCAGCUUGAAUACGCGUUAGAAUUUACGAUAUAGGAGCAUGCAAGCAACUGAAACGGGUACACUAGAACAGCGAUGGAUUACGAUCGUACAUACCAUUGUACCAGUUGUACCUGUUACGUAGAUAGCAAUAGGUGCCAGGGAAAGCGAUCGAUAGCAAUCGAGAAUGAAAAGUAAUGGAGUGAUAAAUAAAGAUCAAAUCAAAAGGCUUUA